CUCGGGCAGGUGUCAAUGUUUACAACUUUGAUGAGAGGAUGAACGAACUAUCCGUCAGAAAAAAACAACAACCACAAAAGAGAAUUGUGGGAACAGGAAUCAGCAAUAAUGUCAGUGAAGCAUGCCAAGCCUAACUUCAGCCAGUCUCAGGUGGCUGAGAUUGUGAAGAGGCUGUUCAGACUGACAGCAUCCGAAAUUCGCUCGCUGCCGAGCUACGAUGACCAGAACUUCUACGUGGCGGCCAUGGAGGGUGGCGAGUACGUCCUGAAGAUAAUGAACUCAGAGGACAGUAAGAACCCCGCGCUGAUCGAGGUGCAGACGUAUGCCAUGUCCUUCCUGCACCAGAAUGGACUUCCUGCCCAAACAGCUUUGCCCACCACCUCAGGGAAGCUCUUGAGCUUGGAAGAAAUGGAUUGUGGGUAUGGCUGUCAGACUUAUCUGGUGCGGCUGUUGACUUAUUUGCCUGGAACCACUAUUUCCAAGGCUCCUUUAACACCAGAGUUACUGUAUGAAACCGGCAAGACGGCUGCCAGAAUGGACACAAUCCUACAAAAGUUGGAGCACCCUUAUCUUAGCAUGCUGGAGAGAGAGAAGUUCAUAUGGAGUCUGUCAUGUGUUCACCUCCUGGAAACAUACAUUCAUGUAUUAGAUGGAGAUCCUCUUCAGGACGUUGUGAAGUCCGUCAUUCAUCAGUACAAGACCUGUGUGGUCCCCAAACGCUCCAGUUUCCGCAAGUGCAUUAACCAUGGCGACUUCAAUGACCUGAAUGUGCUGGUGCAACCUGAUGAGAGUGAGAGCUACAGGAUUUCUGGCAUCCUUGACUUUGGGGACAUGAACAGUGGCUAUUACAUCAAUGAGCUAGCCAUCACCAUCAUGUACAUGAUGACGGAGCACCCUAAACCUGUAGAGGUGGGUGGACCCAUCCUCGCUGGCUGGGAGAGUAUCCUUCCCCUCAACGAGGCAGAGAAAGAUUGUCUCUAUGUGCUGGUGCUGUCCCGCUUCUGCCAGUCAUUUGUUUUAGCUCGUCAUGCCGUUUCCCUGCAUCCAGAAAAUGCAGAGUAUCUGAUGAUCUCAACCAGGAAGGGCGUAAACAUCCUUCAUCAUCUCUGGAAGCUUGGAAAGGAGCAGGUGGAGAAUAUAUGGUUUCAGAGCGCUGCUCAGUUUAGUGACAGAAAGUGAGAACUGUAUAAAGAAAGCCAUUCACAAAUUUUAUCAGGGUGAUUCCGCUGAGCCUUUUGUCCAGAUCAAGUAUAAUUUUAAUUUCAUUACUUUAAAUAAUGCACAUUUUACUCUUGAGAUUCAAAAAUAUUGAAGUACGAAUGCUGCAGUGUGUCUGAAUCAGAGAAAGGUUGAGUGGCAAAAAACUGUAUGCAAGAAGAGGUCAUGAUACUCAAUAACAAUGGAUCCUCCAGUGUAAAAGCAAAAAAGUUAUUAAAAUAACUAACUAACUUUGGCAAAUGCUGUACAGUGAGUAGUUUCUUAAGCAACCAUAUUUGACCAAUCAUUAUAUUUAAGAAACUGGAUCAUGUUUAAUAAGUGCCUAAAGUCAUCAGGGUUUAUACACUUUAAUGGACUUGUGUACCUUGGUAAUUGUCUGUAUUCAUGCAUUACACUACUCUGAAAUCACUCCUUAAUUACUGCAGAGUGCAUUAUAUUUACUGCCAUUUUAUUUGAGUGUCCAUAUUCUGUAAUUGUAUGCUCUAUACUGUACAGUGCUCUCAAUGCAAUGGUCUACAUUUUAUAGAUUCAAAAAUGAACACUACAGGUUUCAGGUUGUGGUCCUCAUGGAAUACAUGGGUGCCUUGUAUCAAAUUGUCCUUUCUUCUGUAUGUUUGUACAGUGCAGUAGGCUACAGUGUUUCCUCUGUGACGGAUCUUAUGCUGACAAGCGAAUAUCAUGUCGUUUGCCAAGCAAAAAUGCAUUUAAUGUUCAGGUCACAUGUCAGCUAAAUUGCAAUAAUGUCUUGCUGUACGGAUUGAUGUGCAUACAAGACUUUGGUGCAGUAUGUCUCUGUUUCAGUGGGAAAUCUAGCUCAACUUCCAGAAUGUGUUUUUAAUGCUGAAUACUUUUAUACUGUGAUCUCAAUGAAGAAAAUAACUCCUCCUUAAA